CGUGCUGCACCGCCUGCUACUCUGCACAGACACCGAAUCAUGGCGGGGCUUAAGAUGUUGAAGAUCUUAGUAUUUAUCAUUUUCUCGCUGCAUGUAGCGUCUGUCAGUUGCGCCGAUGACAUUUUAGUUGGCUGCGGUGGGUUUGUCAAGUCAGAUGUAGAAAUCGAUUAUUCCCUCGUCGAGAUAAGGCUGUACACAAAGCAAGGCUCCCUGAAGUAUCAGACAGACUGUGCUCCCAUUAAUGGCUAUUUCAUGAUCCCGCUCUAUGACAAGGGUGAUUUUGUCCUGAAAAUAGAACCACCUCUGGGAUGGAGCUUUGAGCCGACCACUGUGGAUAUCCAUGUGGAUGGCCUCAAUGACAUAUGCACCAAAGAGCAGGACAUUAAUUUCUUCUUUACUGGAUUCUCUGUCUUAGGAACAGUUCUGAGUAAAGGUCAUCAGCAAGGCCCAGCAGGAGUGGAGGUCAGCCUGAAGAAUGCUGGAGAGGAUCAGAUACUUCAGGUGGUGUUCACUGAGGCGGAAGGACAGUACACUUUUUCGAAAGUACUUCCUGGAAAUUACGAAAUCACAGCGUCUCAUGCAUCAUGGACCCUGGAACGGACCUCAACCUCUGUAGUUGUGUCAAAUGCCAACGCCCAGGCUGCAGCUCCACUAGUGGUUAAAGGCUAUGAUGUCUCUGGUGAGGUGCAAAGCGAUGGUGAACCCAUGAAGGAGGUUACAUUUCUUCUCUACUCUGCCACUAUGAUGCAAGAGAUCAGUGGCUGUAGCUCCACUCCUGUAGAUGGUGCUUUGUCAGAUGAUUCGUCACUUGUGUAUCUGUGUAGUGCACAGUCACGUGAGGAUGGCACCUUCUCAUUUCCGUGCUUGCCUAGUGGUGAAUACACAGUGGUGCCAUAUUACAGAGGUGAACGGAUCACUUUUGACGUUGCUCCAUCCCGGCUUGAUUUCAGAGUCGAGCACAACACUUUGAAAUUAGAGCCAGUUUUCCGAGUGAUGGGCUUCUCGGUAAUGGGAAGAGUUUUGAACAGCCCUGAUGGUGAGGGAGUGGCAGGUGCAGUUGUCACCCUUAACAACCAGAUUAAAGUGCUAACUAAAGAGGAUGGUUCAUUCCGAUUGGAGAAUAUGACCACUGGUACCUACACCAUCAGCACUCAUAAGGAACUCAUGUUUUUCGAGCCGAUCACAGUGAAGAUUGCACCCAGCACCCCUCAGUUGCCAGACAUUAUCACAGCAGGAUUCAGCAUGUGUGGUCAAAUCUCCAUUGCUCAUCUACCAGAGGGUAUAAAACAUCUAGGGCGCUAUAAAGUCAUGCUUUCAGGCCAGGGACGUGACCAGGCAGUGAUCCGCACGAUUGAGAGCAACCAGCAGGGAGUGUUCUGCUUCCAAGCCAAACCAGGAGACUACAGUGUACAGGUGACUUUACCGGAGGCUGAGGUGAAGGCUGGACUCGCUUUGCAGCCUCACACUCUCAAUAUCUCCCUGAUUGACCGCCCAAUUAAUGACCUGCUCUUCACUCAAUUCAUAGCCGUUGUCUCUGGGACUGUCUCAUGUUUGGCUGCAUGUGGUGAUCUGAUAGUAACGCUCCAGCCCAUAAGCAGACUGGGUGAGAGGCAGAACAUUCAGCUCUCCAGCAGUAGCGAAGUACUCAGCUUUUCCUUCAGUAAAGUCCUGCCUGGGAAAUACAAAGUGUCCAUUACUCAUGAGGAGUGGUGCUGGAAGCACAAGUCGGUCGAAGUGGAGGUGCUGGACUCGGACGUGGAGGGAGUGGAGUUCAGACAGACAGGCUACAUGCUGCGCUGCUCCCUGUCCCAUGCCAUCACACUGGAAUUCUUCCAAGAUGGCAGCACACCUGAGAACGUUGGUGUCUACAAUCUCUCGAAAGGAGUCAAUCGCUUCUGCCUAUCUAAACCAGGUGUGUACAAAGUGACUCCACGUUCCUGCCAUCAGUUUGAACAGGAUUAUUACACUUACAGCACAUCUGCCCCCAGUAUCUUAACCCUGACUGCUGUCAGGCAUCACAUGACUGGACUUAUCACCACAGACAAAUUGCUGGAUGUCACAGUUACUAUAAAGUCAUCCAUCGAGAGCGAGCCUGCUCUGGUGCUGGGUCCUCUGCGCUCAGCUGAGGAACAACGGCAUGAGCAGCAGCUACUGGAAAUCGCAGCUCGCAAGAAAGAGCGGGAAGAGCGAGGAGGAGAGGACAUGGGACCACCUGUGAAGGAGAAACCAGAGGAGCUCCAUGGGCCAUUCCACUAUGAGUUCUCCUACUGGGCACGAGCUGGAGAAAAGAUCACAGUCACGCCAUCAUCCAAAGAACUUCUUUUUUACCCACCUGAAGUGGAAGCUACAAUCACAGGAGAGAGCUGUCCAGGUCAGAUGGUGGAGAUCACGGGGCGAGCAGGUCUCUUCUUGCAGGGGCAGGUGACUCCGGAGCUGGAGGGUGUGGAGAUUUCCAUUAGGAAGUCUGGAGCUUCAGAGCCUCUUAUCACUGUUCUCACUGACAUAAGUGGAACCUACAGUGUCGGACCUCUGCACAGUGACUUGCAGUAUGAUAUUAGUGCCAGUAAAGAGGGCUUUGUAUUGACUCCAGUGGAGGGCAAAUCAGAAGACUUUAAAGCCUUUGCACUGGCAGGUGUCACUUUUGAGAUUAAGGCAGAGGAUGGCCUACCUCUCUCUGGAGUGCUUCUCUCUCUCAGUGGUGGAAACUUCCGUUCCAAUCUGCUCACACAGGACACAGGACUCCUGACCUUUAACAACCUGAGUCCUGGCCAGUACUACUUCAAACCCAUGAUGAAGGAGUUUCGCUUUGAGCCCUCCGCUCAGAUGAUCACAGUAGAGGAAGGCCAGAGCCUCCGUAUUCCCAUCACUGGCUUCAAAACUGCAUAUAGUUGCUAUGGCACAGUGCAGUCUCUGGGUGGCGAUGCUGAGCAGGGGGUGGCUGUAGAGGCAGUGGGCCAGGGUGAGUGCAGCAUAUACAGUGAGGACACAGUGACGGAUGAAGCAGGCCGGUUCCGGCUUCGAGGACUGCUGCCUGGGUGCACUUAUGUCAUUCAGCUGAGUGGAGAAGGCAAUGACCACAUAGAGAGAGCACUUCCUCAGCACAAAACCAUAGAGGUGGGUAGCAGUGACAUAGAUGGGGUCAACAUCAUCGCCUUCAGACAAAUUAAUCAGUUUGACCUGAGUGGCAAUAUUGUAACUUCAUCUGAGCAUCUCCCAACUCUCUUGGUGAAGCUCUACAAGAGUGACAACCUUGACAGUCCCUUCCAAAGUGUACCACUGGGCCAAUCGCUUUUCUUCCACUUCUCCCCUCUCCCACGUGAUGGAGAGAGUUAUGUUUUAAUGUUGGACACCACUCUCCCUCGCUCCCAGUAUGACUUUAAACUUCCUCAGGUCUCCUUCACAUCCUCCGGCUACCAUAAACAUGUGACGCUCACUUUCAACCCUACUCGAAAACUUCCAGAUCAAGAGGUUGCUCAGGGAUCGUACAUAGCACUGCCUCUAACUUUGCUGCUCUUACUGGUGGUGUAUAAUCAUGAAAGGGUGAUCCCACUCUUCCUGCAGCUGCUCAGCCGCAUUCAGGGCGUCCGCAGCCUAGCACAGACUAGCAAUGAUGGACAGGCCGUGGAGGAUGCCAAGCGCACAGCCAAACGACCCAAGACACGACGUACAUGAGACACCAAGUCCACACCCACCACAAUUAUAUCUCUGGAUUAUUAAAAAAAACUGUGAAGGCCAAUGGGAUUCAGACCUUUUACGUUCAUCUUAAAAUGCUUUUCUUUGCAUGGACUGUCUCCAUAGUGUCCUUAUCAAUAGAUUGAGGUACAUUUGAUGUGCAUUGAUAACUAUCUGGUCCCUGGUAUAUGUGACUGCAGCUCAGAGAUCCUUUGUGAAUACGGGUCCUCUGUGAAUGGUGGAUGUGAAAUGAUACCUGUGUGUUUAUAUGUUGUAGAUUCUAAGGCAGGACAGUGACUCAAGAAAUUAAUAAUGAUUAUGGUUUAUAAAUUGAGUAUUUAUAUAGUAGAAUCAGUUUGCCCAGAUUUUCUCCUAGGUGUUUUUUUUUUUUUUGCUUUGUUUUUGUUUUGUUUUUUUACAUUUUGAUUAUAAAUUUCUAGCGCUGAUCACAUUUUUCCACAACAAAUAACAUGCAUUAAAUGACAGAUUUUUGAAUGUUCCGUUUGACUUAAAUAGUUCACAAAAUGUCUUUUUUUAACAUAGAAAUGAAUAUACACCUCUAAGUGUGAAGCAAAAUGUGUGAACUACAAAUGUUUUAAACAUGCUUCACCUUGACUGUGCUGUAAUUUGUUAAAAGUAUUCGAUGAGGCUUUAGAUCACAGCCCAUAGCAUGAGAUCACAGGGUCUUUUUGAAUUUGCAAACAUAAAAUAACAGUAAUCCCCAAAAUA